GUUGGGCACACUUGGCACGAGCCCUUCGUGGAUUUCGUGCGUCGGACCAUGAAGCACGGAACGCUGGGGGCAGGGGACGCUUUCUGGUCCUUCGCCUUCUCGACACGCCGGCACCUCAGCCUGGCGAUCGGAUGCUGGCACUGCGGAUUUCUCCCGAAAGCUUAGCAAUGGAGAACCGUCCGUUCAAAGCUGCAACUGCCCCGCCUGUGGCACGUUUGCCAUGCCACGUGUCUCACUGCGUGUCUCAACAUGGUUUGGAUGCCUUCGGCACGCUGUUCAAGGACUUUGGAAGACGGCCGAGCUGCGAGGAGCCUCCGAGCAGCAUGCAUGCUGCAUUCAUCGGAAUCUUCCUAACCAGGAAGGGCAGAUCGAAGGGCUCCUUCGGGCAUGUGUACAAAGCAGUGAAAGACGAGAACGACAUGGUCUCUUCUGGACAAGAACUCAGAGACAUCAGCACAAGCUUUGACUCAGGCGACAUUCUCGGAGAUGGAAGCGUCAUGAAGAGCAUUGUAGAGGAGGGCGUGGACCCGGCAGUAUUUCCAGUCUUUGGAGACGAUUGUGUCACGCACUUCGUGGGCACUCUGCCAGAUGGAAGCAUUUUCAACGACACAACGAAGCGUGAUCAGCCUUUCAAGUUUCGACUGGGAGCAGAGCAUGUCUUGGAAGGCUUCGACGAAGGCGUCGCGACGAUGCGAAAGGGCGAGCGUGCCAUUUUUCAGCUGUCGUCGGAAGUGGCGUACGGCUCCUUUGGUGCACGUGAUGAAAGGGGAUGGCAGGUGCCGCCAGAUACUCCGGUCACAUUCGACAUCCGUCUUCUGGACGUGAUCAAAGCUCCAGCAAAUUCAGCGACUGCACAGGACCCCGUUCCAGGCUAUGGGCGGGAAGACUUAGGUUCUGGUGGUGCGAGUCCAGAUGGGAAGUACUCGUGGAAACGCAAUGGGGCUGAGGUGCUGGUGAUGGUUCCUGUGGCGGAUGAUGUUGAGACCAAGGAUGUCAGCUAUGUCUUUCAAGAAGCCUAUGUCUGCAUAGCAGUGUGUGGAGCAACCCUGUUGGCUGGACGUCCUGGUUGCGAUGUGGAGGCAGAGGAAUGUUACUGGGAAUUUUCCUCGGACUCAGGCCGGAUGCGCUUUUCCUUGGGACGACUUGAUGGGGCUUUCUGGCGAAGCUCCCUUGGCGAGCUCAUCCUGGCCCUGGUGGGACUUCAUCGAAGCCUAUGCAGAGAAAGCUCUUUGCGCACUACCUCUUCUACGGCUCCACGAUGGCAGCCGGACACUGCAAUGACGGCAAUCUCGCUAUUUCACGCAGCGGACCAAAUCAGAAGACAAUCUCGCUACGUGGACACUACUCGAUUUGCGUCAGUUGGCUGUGGUGUCCAGAGUGCAUCCGUAUUUGGAAACCUUCCCUGA